AUGGUCGCCUCAAUUAUUACUUCGGUGGUUCCGUACCACAUCAUCUCAUACGGCACCCUGCUGGGAACAACAUUCUUUCAUUCCUUCAUCAAUGGCAUCGUCAUGUUCCGAACCGUCGACAGGCCAUCCUUCUCCGCCGUCCAGAGCAAAUUGUUCCCCAUCUACUUCGGCAUGCAAACCGCCAUCCCCGCGUUUCUCGCUCUGACAUUCCCCGGAAACUCCCUCUUGGGCAUCAAGGGUGGCAUCAGCGGCCUGCUUGAGGCUCCCAACAAGUGGAGCUCCUUGGUGCCCAUCGCAGUCAUGUUUGUCAGCGGCCUCUCCCAGCUUGCCGUGCUGCUUCCCGCCACUAUCAAGACCAUGAAGGACCGCCGUGGACAAGCCAAGCGAGACGGACAGGAGUGGUAUGACAAGGAUACAAAGUCGGAUGAGAUGCGUGCCCUCAACAAGAAGUUUGGUAUCCUGCACGGCAUCUCUUCGCUCGUCAACCUUGUCGAGUUUGUUGCCCUUGUGGGCUACGGCUUCACGCUGGCUGCUCGCAUCCAGUAA